CAGGAACAGCUGAAAAAGAACAACAAAGCCACGACGACGACGGCACAAACAACAGAUGUACAUCUAAAAUUAUACCAAAACUAUCAGUGACACCAUCGAGAGUGGGGACAUUUUGUGCCACUGAAAAAUACUGAAAAGUUUGCCCUUCUUUCUGUCUCAUGUUCUAGCCUUAGUUCGGUCAUUCCCAGAGAUCUGACAAUGGGACGCAUCUUCUUGGACCACAUUGGCGGAACCCGCCUCUUUUCCUGCGCCAACUGUGACACGAUCUUGACCAAUAGGUCUGAGCUUAUCUCAACACGUUUCACAGGGGCCACAGGAAGAGCUUUCCUCUUCAACAAGGUGGUGAAUCUCCAGUAUAGUGAGGUACAGGACAGGGUGAUGCUUACUGGAAGACACAUGGUGAGGGAUGUCAGCUGCAAGAACUGCAACAGCAAGCUGGGUUGGAUCUAUGAGUUUGCUACUGAGGACAGUCAGCGGUACAAGGAGGGACGUGUCAUCCUGGAGAGGGCGCUGGUUAGGGAGAGUGAGGGCUUUGAGGAGCAUGUCCCCUCAGACAACUCAUGAGCCCCUGACACUGAAUUAAUUCCUCUCCCUCUCCUUUAUCCCCUCGCCUCUGCGCUGCACACCACCACCUGCAGAAUUAGUGGUCAGUGAAGUUUUGGCUUCACCCCCUCCACAUCCCUUUCCUGUCUCUGGCCUAUGACCUUAGACCUCUGCUGAUUAGAAGAUUGGUUUGCUGACCCUGUUCCUGCUGAAUAGGCUUCCCCAAAAAUACAUCCUAACUUGCGUGUCACAGGGCACCACCCCAAAACAGCCGGGGACAGAUAGGGAGUUGUAACUUCAGUUAUGUCAGUGUUUGUGCUCCGUCACACAGAAUUUUCACCAUCUGUGAACAAGGCAUGCUCCACUUUUUCACAUGGUAAUUAAACACCUGCAUGAUGAUAGACAUGGUCACUCAAAAAAAAUAAAACAUCACCUGGUUGUUUUGUUUAUUCAGAUAAAUGGAAGCAGUAGAGCUGAGCAGGUUAAUCUUCCUGACAUGGGCAAAGCAGCCAACCCACUCUACAAGGCAGUGUUCAUUGACCUAAUGGAGGUGUCACUUUGCAUAUUGCUUUCAAGAGUGCUUCUGUAUUGUCAACUUUGUCUCAAUGUAUUUGUCUCUGGUGAGCGCUGAAUGCAAUUAAGACCAUGAUAGUUGUUAUUUAUAUAUCAGUUUCCUUUUAUUAGCCGGUAGUGUAAUGGUAUGUUAUAAUAGUGUUUAAAAUCUAUGUUCUCUUUCAAAUGAUACCAUAAAUACUGCACAGAUUGAUGUCAUAUUUAAAAUUUGUUGUUGUGUUUGACGAUGAUAGGAGUUUUAUUUAGAUCUGGCUUACAUUAUGUGGAUUUAUUUUGAUUGGCACAUUCUUGAAUUAUGCACAAAGUGGCUUAAGUGUCCCAUUAUUGCUGUUAGUUGUGUGAAAGUGAUCUCCUGUACAGUAUACAACCACAUGCUGUUCCUACAUUUUAAAUCAGUUCUGCCACUCUCACUCUGUUGGCAUGGAUUCUGUGCCUGUGCGACGUGCCGUGUGAAGCACAACGUGUCACUUCGGUGACUGAUGAGGAGCAUGUACCUUUCAGCCAUGUGUCUCAGUAUGACGGAGGAAGAAUGUGUUGGAGACAUGAUGGAGACAUUCUCUGGCUGCCUGCUGGCUUUAUGACAGGAUUAUUGAGGGGAUGGUUCAUGCAAGCGAAAGUAGCCCACGAUGGGAGACAAGUUUACCAACAUCUUCUGGAAAAAUAACCAACGGCAGACAUUCUCCCACCAGUUAACACAUUACAGUGUUGGAAACAAAGCACUGAAAAUAUGUUUAAAUCAAGCUUGAGUUUGACUGCAUUUAUUUAAACACACCUGACUGCAAAUGUCGUCUCCUACUUUCGGGAUAGUGACCCAUCCUCUUUUUAUAAUCUGAGCCUUAGGGCAUAUUUGGUCACAAGAUGACUUGUUUCUUACAACACAAAGCCAAAGAGGCUUUAAUGGAGUAUCAGUCUUUAAAGUUAAAGUUGAGCUUUUAUCCUCUGACUGUGCCAGAGCCCCCAUUUUAUACUGUCGGUGUCCUGUGAAGAUUUCAACAGAAAUGUCAAAAAUAGAGAAAAAAAAAAAAAUAUAUAUAUAUAUAUAUAAGUAAAUCCCAAUCUCCAUGACAUUCAGUGUUAAUUUUUGGAGUGAGUUAUAAUAUGGCAUCAGGGCCCUGGUGUAACAAUGCACCAUUUCAAAGUGUGCAAGCCUGCAGGCAAUACCAUACUGGCGUAGUUAAUGUUUUUUGGUUUUUUUUCCUCACUUUACAAGGUCUUGCCAGAAGGUGACAGUUGUCAUUUCUACAAAAAUAUAAGCUAAAUUAAACAUAAAUGACUUCUACAAGACACACAGGACACCCAUACCCCCAAGUCAGAGCAGCAUAAAGUUAAUGGCUGUGAAAGAGCAAUGCUAUCAUUUUGUUGUUCAUGUUUGUCAUUUUAUUGUUGGGCAAUUGCUUUUAUUUGCUUUAUUCUAUAUGAUUGUUAUUUUAUUUACUGAUACAUUUAUCUUAUUAUAUAUUUUCUUGAUUGGAGGUUUGGAAAAAAUGCUUUCAUGUAUGGCAAUAGCAAGGUUUUCUCUGAUGUGAUUUCUAAAUAAACAUGUAGUCUUUCUGGGUUAAA